UCCACCAGCCCAGUCCCCCAAGUCCCGUCCCUGACCCCCCGCUGUCUUCAGAACCAGUCGCGCCCUGAGUCCCAUCACGGCGUCCGGAUGCGCCCUCCUCCUCCAGCCCCCGUGCUCCCUCCAGCUCCGCACUCUUCCCCGCCUCCCUGCCCGUGCCCGUCCAGUGCCGCCCGGUCCGGAUCCCGGCCGCCCCUCAGCCAAUCCGCACUCGGACUCCAUUCCCUCGGGGAGGUCCCCGCCCAGGUUUCGCCCCCACCUCCCAAUCCGUCCACCCGGCCCUCGGAGCUCAGGCGGGACUCAAACCCAGGUGGCUGGGCCGUACAGUGAAGGAGAAAAUGUCUUCGAAAUUUAAAAAUGCAAAACGAAUUGAAGGCCUUGAUAGUAAUGUGUGGAUUGAAUUUACCAAGUUGGCUGCAGACCCUUCUGUUGUGAAUCUUGGCCAAGGCCUUCCAGAUAUAUCCCCUCCUCUAUAUGUGAAGGAAGAAUUAUCAAAGAUUGCAGCAGUUGAUAGCCUGAAUCAGUAUACACGGGGCUUUGGUCAUCCACCACUUGUGAAAGCUCUAUCCUGCUUAUAUGAAAAGUUGUAUCAAAAGCAGAUCGAUCCAAAUAAAGAAAUCCUUGUGACAGUAGGAGCAUAUGGCUCUCUCUUUAAUACCAUUCAAGGAUUAAUUGAUGAGGGGGAUGAAGUCAUAAUAAUCGUGCCUUUCUAUGACUGCUAUGAGCCCAUGGUGAAAAUGGUUGGAGCAACCCCUGUUUAUAUUUCUUUAAGAUCUAAACCUGUUGAUGGGAGAAAAUGGUCUAGUUCUGACUGGACAUUGGAUCCCAAAGAACUGGCAAGUAAAUUCAACUCCAAAACCAAAGCUAUUAUACUAAAUACUCCACAUAACCCCAUUGGCAAAGUGUACACCAAAGAAGAACUCCAGCUAAUUGCUGACCUUUGCAUCAAAUAUGACACACUCUGCAUCAGUGAUGAGGUUUAUGAAUGGCUUGUAUAUUCUGGAAAUAAGCAUCUAAAAAUAGCCACUUUUCCAGGUAUGUGGGAGAGAACAAUAACCAUAGGAAGUGCUGGAAAGACUUUCAGUGUAACUGGCUGGAAGCUCGGCUGGUCCAUUGGUCCAUAUCAUUUAAUUAAACAUUUACAGACAGUUCAACAAAACAGCCUCUAUACCUGUGCAACUCCUUUACAGGAAGCCUUGGCUCAAGCCUUUUGGACUGAUAUGAAGCGCAUGGAUGACCCAGAGUGUUACUUUAAUUCUUUGCCAAAAGAGUUGGAAGCAAAAAGAGAUCGGAUGGCACAUCUACUUGAAAGUGUUGGCCUAAAACCUGUAGUUCCUGAUGGAGGCUACUUCAUCAUUGCUGACGUGUCUUUGCUAGAUGCAGACCUUUCUGAUAUGAAGAACAGCAAUGAACCUUAUGACUAUAAAUUUGUGAAAUGGAUGACUAAAAAUAAGAAACUCUCAGCCAUCCCAGUUUCAGCAUUCUGUAACAAAGAGACCAAAUUACAAUUUGAGAAGUUUGUGCGAUUUUGCUUUAUUAAAAAAGACAGUACACUAGAUGCUGCUGAAGAAAUCAUCAAGGCAUGGAGUAGACAGAAGUCUUGAUAACUGCAAACUGCUUUACUAUUUCUAUUAGAUGACCUAGAAUUGUAUUAGUACUGCCACUCACUGGAUAUUGCAAAAACAAACAUUUUAAUACAAAUAAAAUUUAAAGAAAUA